UUAAUAUUAACACGUUUCAAGAACAUCCAAAUUUUCUUUUGUAUUCCUUACCUACUAAGUUACUCUUUAACUUAUUAUAUCUCCUGCUUGAAUCGUACUUCAAUUCAUAAACAACUUCGAAUUUCAAAUUCAUAAACAACUUCGGAUUUAUAGUAAUAUAAGUACAUAUCUAUCUGAUGGAUCUUCCAUCUGUAUUGAUUUUACAGAGGAGAAACCGUUUUAAUGAUCUGGGUUUUGUUGAUUACUAAGUUUUACAAUCUGGGUGCUUUGAAUUAUUGAAUUAGUUGAUCCGGGUUGUGUUAAUUUUGUGAUUUUGAGUAAAAAAAGGUGAAGUUUUUAGUUUGAUCACUAAGUUAUUGGUGUUGACUUGAAUUGACAAGGAUGAAGGAAAAGCUAGGGUUUUGUUUGUUUAUCUUGGUAUUGAUUUUGGGAAUUAGUUCUUGUCUUGGUAAAUUUGUGGUAGAGAAGAACAGUUUAAGAGUGACUUCACCUGAAUCAUUGAAAAGUGUUUAUGAAUGUGCAAUUGGAAAUUUUGGGGUUCCUCAAUAUGGAGGAACUUUGGUUGGUACAGUGGUUUACCCCAAAGCAAAUCAAAAGGCAUGCAAGGAUUUUAAGGAGGUUGAUUUAUCAUUCAAAUCCAAACCAGGGGGACUUCCUACUUUUCUUUUAGUUGACAGAGGAGAUUGUUUCUUCACCUUGAAGGCGUGGAAUGCACAGAAUGGUGGUGCGGCAGCAAUUCUCGUAGCAGAUGACAGGGAUGAACCUCUGAUCACAAUGGACACCCCUGCAGAAGAAAAUGCUAAUGCUGAUUAUCUACAAAACAUUACUAUCCCCUCAGCGCUUGUUAGCAAAACUUUUGGUGAUACCAUCAAGAAUGCUCUAUCGAAAGGGGAAAUGGUUAAUAUAAAUUUGGAUUGGAGAGAAGCACUCCCCCACCCUGACGAGCGUGUUGAGUAUGAAUUGUGGUCAAACAGUAAUGAUGAAUGUGGACCCAAGUGCGACAGCCAGAUUGAAUUCAUAAAGAACUUCAAAGGAGCGGCUCAGGUUCUCGAGCAGAAAGGUUAUACUCAGUUCACCCCACACUACAUCACUUGGUUCUGCCCUGAAUCUUAUCUGCUGAGCAAACAGUGCAAAUCACAGUGUAUCAAUCAUGGGAGGUACUGCGCUCCUGAUCCUGAACAGGACUUUAGUAGAGGAUAUGAUGGGAAAGAUGUAGUUGUGCAAAAUUUACGGCAGGUUUGCUUGCAUAAAGUUGCUAAUGAAGUUGGUAAACCAUGGAUUUGGUGGGAGUAUGUAACUGAUUUUGCAAUUCGCUGUCCAAUGAAAGAGCAAAAAUACACAAAGGAAUGUGCAGAUCAAGUUAUCCAGUCUUUGGGUCUCGAUCUCAAGAAGAUAGAUGAAUGCAUAGGAGAUCCAAAUGCAGAUGUUGACAAUCCUAUACUGAAAGCAGAGCAAGAUGCACAGAUCGGCAAGGGUGAUCGUGGAGAUGUAACUAUAUUACCCACUCUUGUAAUCAACAACAGACAGUAUAGAGGUAAGUUGGACAAAGGAGCAGUUCUUAAAGCCAUAUGUUCUGGUUUCCAAGAGACCACUGAACCAUCUGUCUGUUUAAGUGAAGAUAUUCAAACCAACGAGUGCUUGGUAAAUAAUGGUGGGUGCUGGCAGGAUAAAGCUACUAACGUAACAGCGUGCAAGGACACUUUUCGGGGAAGAGUUUGUGAAUGCCCUGUUGUUCAAGGCGUAAAGCUUUCGGGUGACGGUUAUACCCAUUGUGCAGCUUCAGGAUAUCAACGUUGUGCAAUAAACAACGCAGGUUGUUGGAAGCAGACUCGUGAUGGAAAGACAUACUCUGCCUGUGAUGAAAGUUCCAACGGUUGCAAGUGCCCAUCGGGUUUUACUGGUGAUGGGGUCACUUGUGAAGAUAUUGACGAGUGCAAAGUAACGGGUGCCUGCAAAUGCCCUCAUUGCAAAGAUUGCAAGAACACUUGGGGAAGUUACGAGUGUAGCUGCAGUGAUAGUAUGCUAUAUAUGCACGAACAUGAUACAUGUAUAAUUAAAGAAGCUAGAAUCGUUGGUAGUUGGAACCUUGUAUGGGUCGUUUUCUUUGUUUUGGCUGCUGCUGGAGGUGGAGGUUUCCUGGUGUACAAAUAUCGAAUCCGGAGAUACAUGGAUUCAGAGAUCCGGGCCAUAAUGGCACAAUACAUGCCAUUGGAUAAUCAGGUUGGAGAAAGAGAGUCACAUGAAAAUCUCCUUUCCCGUGGGAAUGUCUGAGUGCCAAAGAAGAUGAGGAGAGUCCACCAUUUCAAUAGAUUCCUUUCCUCAUGUUUUUGUUUCUUUGGAAGUAUUUGUAAAUAUGAAUUCUCGGAUUAUGUUCUGAAAGCUAGUAUUAGACAAGGGUAGGAACUCUCAUGCAUCUCUAUAACCUCAAAUGUACCCGCAAGAGUUGUCCUUUUAUUUUUAUUUUUGAACGCUGCUUACUGAAAAUGGAGCAUCCAAUAUGUUUGAUUUCUUGGUCUUGAUUGUAUUGGAAUGAACGGGAAAUGUAAAAUAAUGAAUCAACGGACACAAGAUUUCAAGCCA